AUGCUGAAACAGAGCGAGAGGAGGCAGUCUUGGAGCUACAAACCCUGGAAUACUACUGAGUGUGACAAUGCACCCCAUGCAGCAAACAACCAGCACCGCAGGAGCAUCUGCUCCUUGGGGGGCUGUUCCGGCUCCCAGGGCAGCACCCUACCAUGGACUGAGGGCAACUAUAACUACUACAUCGAGGAGGACGAGGAUGGAGAGGAGGGGGAGGACUGGCAGGACGAGCUGGCAGAAGAGGACCAGCAGCCCGAGGCCGCCACCGCCGCCCAGCUGGAAGACCACACUGACUCUCCGGCUGUACUGUCGACACUGAACGUGAACGUGGGCGGCCAGAGCUACCGCCUGCACUACACCGAGCUGGCCUGCUACCCCAAGACUCGCCUGGGCCGCCUGGCCACCUCCACGAGCCGCAGCCGCCAGCUGGGCCUGUGCGACGAGUACGAGGCGCAGACGGACGAAUACUUCUUCGACCGCGACCCGGCCGUCUUCCAGCUCAUCUACAACUUCUACGUGUCUGGGGUACUACUGGUGUGUGACGAGCUGUGCCCGCGCAGCUUCCUGGAGGAGCUGGGCUACUGGGGCGUGCGGCUCAAGUACACGCCGCGCUGCUGCCGCAUCUGCUUUGAGGAGCGGAGGGACGAGCUGAGCGAGCAGCUCAAGAUCCAGAACGAGCUGCGCGCCCAGGCGCAGGCGGAGGAGGCCGAGGAGCUCUUCCGCGACUUGCGCUUCUAUGGGUCGCAGCGGCGCCGCCUCUGGAACCUCAUGGAGAAGCCUUUCUCGUCGGUAGCCGCCAAGGUCAUCGGGGUGGCCUCUAGCCUCUUUGUGCUCAUUUCCAUCGUGGCGCUUACUCUCAACACGGUGGAGGAGAUGCAUCAGCACGCAGAGCAGGGCAGCCCGCGGCCCAUCCUGGAGCACGUGGAGAUGCUGUGUAUCGCUUUCUUCACGCUGGAGUUCCUCCUGCGUCUCGCCUCCACGCCGGACCUGCGGCGCUUCACACGCAGCGCCCUCAACCUGGUGGACCUGGUGGCCAUCCUGCCAUUCUACCUGCAGCUGCUGAUCGAAUGCUUCACAGGCGAGGACCAGCAGCGCGGCAAAGGCUCGUCCCGCGAGCACGACCUUGAGACUGUGGGCAAGGUGGGCCAGGUACUGCGCCUCAUGCGCCUCAUGCGCAUUUUCCGCAUCCUCAAGUUGGCACGCCAUUCCACCGGCCUGCGAGCCUUCGGCUUCACGUUGCGCCUGUGCUACCAGCAGGUGGGCUGCUUGCUGCUCUUCAUCACCAUGGGCAUCUUUUCCUUCUCCGCUGCCGUCUACUCAGUGGAGCACGACGUUCCUGGCACCAACUUCACCAGCAUCCCCCACUCCUGGUGGUGGGCCGCAGUGAGCAUCUCCACUGUGGGCUAUGGAGACAUGUACCCGGAGACCCACCUGGGCAGGCUUUUCGCCUUCCUCUGCAUCGCUUUCGGGAUCAUCCUCAAUGGGAUGCCAAUUUCCAUCCUCUACAACAAAUUCUCCGAUUACUACAGCAAGCUCAAGGCUUAUGAGUACACCGCCAUACGAAGGGAAAGGGGAAACGUGGACUUCGUGCAGAGAGCCAGGAAGAAGAUGGCUGAGUGUUUGGCUAGAAGCAACCCACAGCCUACCCCAAGGCAAGAGAAUUCAUGGUCCCUAGGAUGUGUGGCUGACAGAUCCCUGACCUUCGAGGCUUCCUUUUUUUAA